GUCUGGAUGUAGUUUAUUUGCCCCGGGGCAUUCGUUGAGACUUUUUAUUGUGCGGUUAGGGUGAGGUGCAGAGGAGGACUCCGCAAAGGCAAGGAUUUCUGGAGAAACCUGUGCAGCUGUGCCUCUGGGUGUCCCGGGGAACAGGGGGAGGAGACAGGUCCAUACUGAGUUCCCGUCUUCCGAGAAUCCUCUGAGGAUCCACAGCUUGCAGCUAGCGUGAGCCUAGGCUUAGCACAGAAUGGCUAGAGAGCCCGGAGUGAGCGCAGCCCUAAACGCUCGAUCUGCACUAGAGGGGACUGGGCUUCUGGUGGUGAAGGUGGAACAGGAAGAGGCCUCCCCCUUGGCAGAGGAGGCCAGUUGGCUGGGCAGCCCUGGGCCCGACCGCUCCCGCCAGCGCUUCCGCGCUUUCCGCUACCCCGAGGCCGCUGGGCCCCGGCAGGCGCUGAGCCGGCUCCGGGAGCUCUGCAGACAGUGGCUGCAGCCAGAUAUGCACAGCAAGGAGCAGAUCCUGGAGCUGCUGGUGCUGGAGCAGUUCCUGACCAUCCUGCCAGGGGAGCUGCAGGCCUGGGUGCGCGAGCAGCACCCCGACAGCGGGGAGGAGGUGGUGGCGCUGCUGGAGUACUUGGAGAGGCAGCUGGACGAGACACCUCCACAGGUCCCAGCUCGUGAAUGGAGUCGAGAACUUCUCUGCUGCAAGGUGGCAUUGUUGACGCCAUCCCAGAACUCACAAAGUAGCCACUCCCAGGCGAUGAAGUGCCUGCUCAAGCAUGAGUCUCAGGAAUCUUUGGAGUGUUCGCCCUUACAAGCAAGAGGCCUGGAAAUGGAGACUGAAACCAGGGACUUGUCUCCAGCUGAGGACUACACAGAACAAAAGCCUGAGCAGCCAGUGUGCUUCCUGACUGAAGACACUGCUCAGGUUCCUGCAGGUGCAGAAGCCAGUGAGCAGGAAGGCAAGUCACAGACAACACAGAAGAAUGCCACAAGGAGUAGGCGACACUAUUGCCAUGAAUGUGGAAAGAGUUUUGCUCAAAGCUCAGGCCUGACCAAACACAAGAGAAUCCACACUGGAGAGAAGCCCUACGAAUGCGAAGACUGUGGGAAGACCUUCAUUGGGAGCUCUGCGCUUGUCAUUCAUCAGAGAGUUCACACUGGUGAGAAGCCAUAUGAGUGUGAAGAAUGUGGCAAGGUCUUUAGCCACAGCUCGAACCUCAUCAAGCACCAGAGAACCCACACUGGGGAAAAGCCCUACGAGUGUGAUGACUGUGGGAAAACCUUCACCCAGAGCUGCAGCCUCCUUGAACAUCACAAAAUUCACACUGGAGAGAAGCCAUACCAGUGCAAGUUGUGUGGCAAAGCCUUUAGGCGUAGCUCACAUCUCCUGAGACACCAGAGGAUCCAUGGUGGUAAAACUGCCCACAAGCCUCUGCAUGGAGAGGCCCGGGAAGGUCAGAGUAGGGUGGAAAGCCAAUGGGAUGAUACUAAAACUCCCAUAACUUAUCAAUGCAGUGAGUGUGAGAGAAGCUUCACUCAGAAUAGAAGCCUUAUUGAACAUAAAAAAAUCCACACUGGUGAGAAACCCUACCAGUGUGAUGCAUGUGGAAAAGGCUUUACCCGAACUUCAUACCUUGUUCAACAUCAGAGAAGCCAUGUGGGGAAAAAAAUUGUAGCACAGUGACCGGUAUGAUAUCUGCCAGAGAUGGUGCUCACUUGUCAGUGAGCUGAAGAUACUCUGGAGCCCUUACUAACUGCAGAAGUGGGGAUAUUGCCAAUACACACCAUCUAGUGUUAGUUGUUAUAAGCUGGCUGAGGUAAAUUAUCUUUUAUGUUCUAAAAGUAACUGGAAUUAGACUCAUUAAUAGGCAGAUAUGAGAGUGUUCUCUUGAUAAGGUAGCACUGAAGUGUUUUGUUCCCACUCUUUGGAUCUACAAGGCCUUCUAGAACAGUUGCCCUUAGCCCGCACAUCUUUCUCCUGGGUGGAUGGUUCCAGAGUUUGGAGCAUACUCUUCUUACUAUUUGUUUGUCAACAUGAGGCUUUCAUGCUUUGGUCAGAUUCCUGAGGUCUUGGCCUCCUAAUGUGCCUUGUGUUAGUAAACAUUUACCACAGGGACUAAUGAAAUGAAUGAUCUUCAAAACUCUGAAGCUCUGUGUCUAGAUUUCUGAAGAAGUUCUAACGUGGGCCAUUUGUGUUUGCAUCUAAUUUGCUAAGGUUCUAGACUCUGAGUCAGUCCUACAGAUUUCAUACUAAGUAUGUGAUGUUACAGAAAUUGAGUUGGUGAUUCCAUAUAUCUUCAUGAAAAU